AGUUCAAUUGCUGGUUCUGAAUAAGGCAGACAAAAAAAAACUAUGGAUUUGAAAAUAAUUUCUGUGUUCUUAAUUACCUUAUUCCUUUGUGGAUUUGCUGAAAAAGCUAGAUUUGACCAUUAUCGUGUCUAUGAAGUGAGCAUUAAUAAUGACGAGCAAUUAAGCUUAAUGAGGGAAAUUGAAAGUUAUUCAGAUUCGUACCAAUUUAUUGAGAAAUCAGGAACAAUCAAUUCAAAUACGCGCCUUAUCGUUCCGCCUCACAAGUUUGCAGAGUUUGAAGAAAUUGUUGUGAGAUAUGAGAUAAAAUCCCGUCUACUGAUUAAUAAUUUUCAAGAAAUAAUAGAUAAUGAGCAGCCAAAGGGAAUGAAGAAAGGGAUAUUCGAUUGGACAAGAUACUGGGAAUUGAAUGAAAUUUAUGAAUGGUUCAACAUCCUUGUUACUCAAUUUCCAAAUGAUGUUUCCAUAGUUAAUAUUGGGGAUUCAUAUGAAGGACGUCCAAUUUUAGGACUGAAACUUAACAUUGGUGGCGGUGCCAAUAAGAAAUCAAUUAUAUUUGAAGGAACACAUCAUGCACGUGAAUGGAUUUCUGCUGCAACAGUUACAUACAUGCUUAAUGAACUUUUAACUUCCAAUAAUACUGAUGUAAAGGAUAUUGCUGCUGCAUAUGAAUGGUACAUUUUUCCUGUAACAAAUCCUGAUGGCUAUCUCUAUACAUGGACUAAUAAUCGAAUGUGGAGAAAAAAUCGAAAGCCAACUUCAAAUUUGUUGUGCAUUGGAACUGACUUAAAUCGUAAUUGGGAUAAUUUCUUUAAUCAAGGAGGAACAUCAUUUAAUCCAUGUGAUAAUACAUAUGCUGGAUCGUCCCCUUUUUCAGAACCAGAGACGAAAGUUCUUUCAGAAUUCAUAAAAACAGUUCCCAACUUGGUCGGCUACUUCCCAUUCCAUUCUUAUUCACAAAUUCUGAUGGUUCCUUAUGGAUGGACUCAUGAGUUACUUGAUAAUUAUCAUGAACUUUAUGCAAUAGGAGAGAAAGCUUUGGAAACACUGUCAUCAUUUUAUGGAACCACUUAUGAACUUGGUUCUAUUGCGAAUGUCAUAUACAUUGCAACUGGGGCUUCAAUUGAUUGGGUUAAAUAUGAGCUGAAAACAAAUGUCACAUUUGAGUACGAAAUGAGAGAUGUAGGUGCAUAUGGCUUCAAUCUACCAGCAUCACAAAUCAUUGAAAACUCAAUCGAGGUCUUUGCAUCAAUAAUUACAAUUUUACAAGAAGCACAAAAGAUUGGAAUUGCAUAAACAUUUAAUAUAAUAUAGUUUAUUGUAAUUGAGUUUAAGGCAGU